AUGUCGGAAGCCAUGCCGAAGCCGGUGCUGCCGCCGGCCGCUCUGGAGCGAAGGCAAGAGACCAGUGAGCUGGCGAUACACUGCGCGGUGGUGUGGGUGAACAAAGCCGCAAAGGGUAGCUCCCAAUGGUCCGACACUUGUUGCGAGCGGCAGCUGGCCCAGUAUCGCUUUCGGAAGCGGCUGAAGACGCUGAACGUACUGGUGAAGUACGUCUAUAUGGCUCUGGCGCUCUUUGAAACGCCUUCCUGGUGUUUGGUGGAGCCCUUCUGUCUGGAGCGCGAAGGUAUGUACAGCUGGAACUUUCCGCUGAUGCCCUUUCAGGUGUCCAACACGCUGGAGAUCCUGUGCUUGCUCUACCUGGCGCAGGUUUGCUGGCGGCGAAGGCGUACAUUGGGCGAAGCCGCCAAGAACAGCGGCUGGCACAUCUUUCGAGCGGUUCUGAUCCUGGUUGCGCUCACGGACUGUGCAGUUGCCAUCUUCAACACCAUCGGCAUUGUGCCAGGAUCCUUUCGCCUGUGUCGCUUAUGCAGGCCGCUGAUUUUCAUGUGCCACACCAAGUUCAUCCGCCUCACCCUGAAUCGCCUGGGCUCCGCCUUUUUGGAGUUUUGGACCGUCCUGGCCUCCCUGGCGCUCUGUGUGAUCUUCUUCGUGUGGCUGGCCAUCGUGAUCUUCGCCAGGUCCACCGAGGGGCAGCACCACUUCAGCAAUUGGUUCGCGUCCCUGGCCUCCUUGUGGAUCCUCUUCACCACGGCCAACUUCCCGGACGUGAUGAUCGACUCCUACAAGGAGUCAAGGGCAUCCUUCUGCUUCUUCUUUGUCUACCUGGUGAUCUCCCUGUACUUGCUGAACAACAUCCUGCUGGCCUCCGUGUAUGAUGCCUACAAGGAGAAGCUGCGAGAGCAGCUUCGCGACUUCGACGAACAAAAGGCCGUGGCCAUCGAGCGCGCCUUCUGCUUGUUGGCGGAGGAGGAGCCGGAAGGAGCGCAAGCCAUCGGCUUGCAGCGAUGGAUGACGUUUUUCGCAGCAUAUUGCGAGCAUGCCGUUGGCCCUGGCAGCAGCCGAGACGAUCACUUCAUUCGGCAAAGGGCCUUCGAGACCUUCCAAGCAUUGGAUUCCGAUGGCAGCGGCUACAUCUCCCACGAGGAAUUUCAGCUGGUGGUGCACUCGCUUUCAGACCCCAAGAUCUACAUACCUCUGCGGCCUAUCCCUCAAGUGGGCAACACCUGCUGGGGGCGCAGUGUGCGAAUUGUGAUGCAGAAAGGUGUGAAGCUUCCAGGUGGGCGCAUGCCGUGGUGGAUGGUGGUGGAUCUGGUCGUUUUGCUGGAGAUUUUGUUUGCCUUUGCCCAGACCUGUAAGUUCGUGGAGGGGCACUUCGACGACGGGCGGCUGAUGCCGAGCUGUGUGUGGUUUUGGUUGCUGACGCUCACCACGCUCUUCCUGUUUGCAGACGUGGUCUUGCAAAUGAUCACUUUUGGACCUGAGCGCUAUUGGAACAAUCAGCGUUUACGCCACCGCUUUGAUGUGUUCAGCAUAUCACUUCUGGUUGGAUUUGAAAUAGCUGCUUGCAUCCCUGCCUGUCCUCCUGACUUUUUGCUACGAACUCUCCUUAUGCUCCACAUCUCCCGCGCCGUUUGUUUGGUGCAGCACAUCAAGCCUCUGCGCUAUUUGGUGGCCAUGGUGGCCCACCUGGUGCCGGUGUAUCAUCAGCUAGGGCUCCUGUUGUUCUUGGUGUACUACAUCUUCGCCACCCUGGGCAUUCAGCUCUUCGGGGGCCUCAUCUACGAGGGAAAUGAAGCUCUCGCGCCCACGGGCUUCGCGGCGGGGGAGUAUUGGCCUUUGAACUUCAACGACUUUCCCUCCGGCAUGGUCACGCUCUUCGUGUUGAUGGUGGUGAACAACUGGUUUGUGGUGGCCGAUGGGUUCAUGGCGGUCACGGAUGACUCCGCGGCAGUGUUCUUCGUGUUGUUCUUCGUGUGCGCCAACCUGGUAGUGCUGAACAUCCUCAUCGCCCUGAUCUUGGACAGUUCCGCCACGGUGCAAGACCAGCUUCAGGCACGGGCCUUGCACUGGCAGGACGGCGACGCGCCCCAGCGCAGCUUCAGCCAGGGAGGCCGCGAGUUUCUGCUGCGGCGGCUGCUGAUGAACGACGAACGCCUGGACACGCCGCAUGCGGAGCGGAACCCAGACCGAGUCACUCAGCUUGGGGAGAGCAGCGCGCAAGUGGAGAUUCCUGGCGAAAGCACUGUGGCCGUGGAGUUCGACUUCGCAGUGGUUGCAGUCGGCUCCCAGUACGCUGGGACUAGCCUUUGGAAGGUGACAGGGGCCGAGAGCCCCGAGCUGAGCCUGGAGAAGCGGCAGGAGGCCUUGGCGCAGCUGCGGCAGGGCCUCGCGCAGCUCAGGUGCGCGGUGCUGCUCGGUGCCGGCCUGGUGGGAGUGGAGCUGGCAGCGGAGCUGGCGCACCAUUUUCCGGAGCUGCGGCUGGUGCUGGCGGACCGCGCCCAAAGUGUCCUCCCCAACCUGCCGAAAGAUGCGCAGGACUACGCCCAAAGCUGGUUGCAAGAUCACGGCGUCGAGCUGCGGCUUGGCCAGGAGCUUCCUCAGGAGGAGACGGCCCUGCUUGCUGCGCUGGACGUAGCCGGCGAGGCUCGGGUUCUGCCAUGUGCUGGCCUGCGCUUUGCCUGCCGACUGGCCGAAUCGCUGGGCUGCCUGGACCAGCGCGGCCAGGUGUGUACCAACCGAGCAAUGCAGUGCAUUCAGAUGGGUGAGAAAGAGCUGCAAGGACCGCCGUGCGCGGGCGGCCGAAUUUUCGCCCUAGGCGAUUGUGUCAGCGUCCAGGGCACGGAGAUGCAAUUCACCAAGGAUAUCUACCCGGCAGAGGCAAUGGCAGAAGUGGUCGUCGCGAAUUUGCGGCGCCUGAGCUCGGGGGGUGAAGUGCCCGCCACAGAGCUCGCAGGAGAUGGCCACCUCGCUGCAAGAGAUGACCUUGUGCUCCUUAGGCCCCAGCGACUGCAUCUACGUCAUGAAUGGCCGGGUGGUGACCACUGGGUGGCUGGCCAUGCAGCUGAAACACCAAGUCGAGGUCACAAAGAUGGGCCAACUGCGGCAGGAAGAAAUGUGGGGCAGCCUUGUGUGGCGACUGGUACCCCACUGGUGAGAGCCUUCCAGCGCCGCGCGAAUGUGACCAGCUUUCGAGCGCCCAAGCAUUUGAAGAAGUAUUCUAUCUCGAUCCUGCCGUCGGGCUGGGUGGACCAGGGCUGGAGGCCGGGCAGCGCGAAGAAAGUGGAGGUCAGAGAUGACAUGACGAUUCACGAGUUUAGCGCCCUGUUGCAGCGCUACCAUGUGGACACAAGCCGCCUCGGAAAGGGCGAGGUGAAAAGCCUUUUCACUUUCCAUCGAGAAGUUGUGGAGGACAAGAGAAGCCAACUAUUUGAAGUGAACGGAUUCCUCGAGCGACGGGUGGAGCGUGUGGUGGUGAUUGUCGUUGCAAAGUCGUCCGACGACAAGGAUCUUGUCAUCCGCAAUGCAGUGGACGUGAUGCCUGACCAGAGGAUGGCAUGGGCCAAGCAGGGCAUCGCCAUCACAGUGCCCGAUGGUAGCACGUGGAAGCAGGCCCUGCGGAUGCAAAUGAGCCAGAGGUUUGGUCUGGCGCAGGAGGUGCAGGAGCGCCUGUUACCCAUCGAGGCAAAUUGGUUCAGAGAGGAAAGGAAGCUCUCUCACUCCUUGCCGUUGAUGCAGACUACCUAUCGGAUUCACAAGGUGCGCAUCCGCGUGUCCCCUGAUCGCGACGAGCUGCGCAGCCUGGGCCUGCCAGGGAUGUGCACCUUCGCCGCGAAAGACCGCAGCCAUUGGGCGUGGGUCAGCGCAGAGGCCGGCGUGCAAAGUACAAACAGCGAGGUGCUGACGAAACUGUUGAAGGACAACAACAUCAAGUUGGAUGAAUGGCCCCACGGGUCCUUCGCAGAUUUGCUCACAGAAGUGUACGAGAAGCAGGCGUCAACCUUGAGGGUCAUCAAGGGCGAGCUGAUCAGACACCUCCGAGUCAUCAAGGUGUGGCUGGUGACGGAGAUCUUGGGCGUGACGCAUCUCCUUGUGACGAAGUUGAAGGAUAGGCCGAUUUGCAUGUCGCUGGAGAAAGGAAUGACGUGGGAGCAAGCUUUGGACCAAGCCCUGUCCAUCAGACUUGGACUGGAGGAAAGCUUUAAGAGAAAGAGCAUCAUUGUUGACAAGAACUCGAAGCAGUUUUUCCAAGAGAUCGAGUACUCGUUGUCAUACCCUGGGCUGAAGACUGCAUACCACAUUCAUGAGGUCACCUGCCGCGUGGCAGACCCGCACACUUUGCUGGGUCUGCCCGAAGGGAAUGACUUUGUGAUUUCUCACGGAGCUACAGAAGAUUCUGUUACCAUGCACUACACCUGGCAGCCUUUCCAGGCGCAGGCUCGCCUCAUUGGGCGCAGGAAAUGCUUGAAGAUGACGCUGAUGGACAUCACGGGAGCUACAGUAGAGGAGCUCAAUUUGCCUGCCUCUAAGCGCCAGCUGCCUCUUCCAGAACCGAUGGUCUUCUCAGUCAAGGAUGAGCCCAACAGCAGGCUCAAGGAGCUAAUGCGAGGCAGGGCAACCAAUUGGGAGCGAGCGUGGCAUGCGGCAACACACAUUUGCGAUCCCGAGUACAGUCUGAAAGACUACUGCGAGGAUUGCGUGGCCUCUUUUCCUGAGCUGCAGCUUUUCAUGGCCACCGAGAACGAGGCAACCUCCAGCGGGCGUAGUGCUGCCGAUGAAUACCAGCGCACUUUGGGCGCACUCUUCGCGGUGUAUUGGCUGAUGCGUUUGCAUGGGGAUGGCCUGCAGUCAUUCGUCUAUGGCGUCGGCACUGACUGGAAGCCGCUGACCUCAAUGUCUGAAUCUCCAACAAGGAGCACAGACGAUUUGAAGAAGAGGCAGACCUUCUACUCCAAGGUCGACAUGGCUCAGAUUGGGAAGAUCCUCGUGUCCGCAGGGUUGUUUCAAGGCGGCUUUUGCAAUGGUGCUAACGACCCUGAGCGCACUCUGGCGCUCCUGGUGUUGACCGCCAUACAUGAUAUCAUGAAGGUGAAUAGUUUGCUGCCGGUGGUCACAGAGCAGUCUGGUCCCUUCGAGAAGCACCAGGUGGGAGAGGUCAUUUACAACCACGACACAGCGCUCGGGUACGUUCUCCAAUGCAUGCCAGAGGUUCUUCCGUCUUACGCCGGCCUUCCCGAGGCUCAGCGCGAGUCCGUGAAAUUCACGCAAUUCGACAUGGAGUUCAACCUCGGGUGGCUCGUGCAAGCGGAGGCCCCGCCUGGCAUGCUCUUCAACCGCUUCAAGCGGAUCAUCAGGCAGGGCCGGGCCAAAUCCAGCGACGUGGCGCUGUACCUAGUCCACUGGCUGACAGAUCUAGCCGGGGCAGAGCCCUAUCCGCAGGAAGGCGCUGAGAAGUUCGUGCUGAAGUUUCCGCCCAACCUGUUCGUUUCCUUCCUGAGCUCAUUCCAUUGUGUCACGUUUUUGAGCACAAAGAGCGAAACGGAAGUGAUGGAGGACUACUUGCGCUGGCGCUGGGCGAUGAGCGAGCCUCCCCUGGGCCCCAUGCCACAAGGAGAGGGAGCCAUUGCACAAAUGCGGCUGGUGGUUAUGGCCCAAGGCCACUCCCACAAGGUGCUGCAGGCCUAUUGGAACCUGCCCAGUGAGGUGAGAAAGGUGCUAUCGCUUGAGCUGACCAGGACUGCGCGCAAGGGACAGUUCUUUGACCUGGCGCCAUCAGUCGGUGAGGGCGGCCCCGCCUUUUUGAUUUACUACGCGCCAGCUUUGAUGCAGAGAAACUGCGGCACAGACCCCGAAGGGGCUCUUGCGGUGCUGGGGGAAAUCCUGCGUCAAGCUCGCGGCCUUUGGCCGCUACAGGAGAGGAUGCGACUGACGACACUGUGA